GCACCCCCACUUCUAUAGACUCUAUGUUUACUAGGAGCUAAAGGCAUCAUAUCCCUGGAUUCCCAUAUUUAGCUAAAGCAGCAAGAAGCUUGCUAUACUUGAAAUUUUAUGUAUAACCAAUGUGAUAAACCCUGAUUCCUUAUCCUGGAGCAACCAGCUACAUGUAAAAUUAAUAAAGAUAGAGUAAAUUAACUGGUCAUUAGCCUUCUGUCUACAUUGAAGUUCUGCUUCUGGUUUAGACUUUGGAGACCAACAGGGUUUAGUUAGAUAAAGAACUAUGCGUCCAAGCUCUACUCCUCCACACACCUAAAACUUAGCUUCAUCAUCUACAGGCCUGUUUAAUGUUGGCCUAACAUGCUAAUGAGUGAUUAUGUGGGUGAAUGCUUAAUCUUGAGACAUCAAUGCAGAUGUAGACUGUGAUAUCUUGCCUUCUCUCUUGAUAAGUAAAUCUGCCUGAAUUAAGUAUGACUAUUGGCACAUUCUAGACAAGGGGCAGCUAUAUGGUGACUUUUGUGUUGUCCUUGGUGCAUAAAUCUUAGAUUCAAGUUUAAAGACUUUGAGUUAGUUUCCCAAUAAUUACCCGUUUCCACCUUUACACCUUGUUGAUAGUCUUGAAAAUACAUUUCUUACCUCUGACCUAUCACGAUGAUGAUCAUCAGUAAGCUUCCACAGGAUCGUCAGGAAAAGCUAUUUAAGCAUGCAAAUACUGUCAUGAUCCUGGUAGGAGGUCUGGUGGCUGCCCUUGUGUUCAUAUUUUCCAAGUCUAUAAUUCAUGUAUAUGCACCAGGUCUGUGGACCUCAACAGAAGGCCAGAUAACAGGCCGAAUAGCUAUCCAACAGUUGAAAAUAAUGAGUUCUUGCAUUGUUUUUGCUGGCCCUGUUGGUCUUGGAUUUGGUUAUCUGAGUGCAAAAGGAGAAAAUGUCUUUCCUGCGAUUAGCCCCGCCUUCUCUAGCUUGCUCUUGAUUGCCAGUUGCCUCUUUUACUCGUUCAGCAGAAAAUCAGAUGCCCUUUCUUCUGGUGGUGUUCUUCUGUCCUGUGGAGCUUCCCUUGGUGUAGUCGUUCAAUGGAUUAUCCAGGUGGCAUUGCUAAGGGGAGCAUGGCAUGAAGUUAUUUCAGCUUCAUGGAUUGACGGAUUCAGGAGCAGGGAUCUUUGUGAACUUUUCUCAGUACUAGUACCAGCAAUAUUCAAUUCAGGCUUGGCACAAAUAGCAUCAUUUACUGACAUCUGUUUUGCAUCUCAUUUUCCUGGUGCUGCCGCAGGCCUUUCAUAUGCUUUUCUUUUGGUCAUGGCACCUUUGGGGUUGCUUUCAAGCAUCGUUAUACUCCCUAUUUUACCCAUGUUAUCCAGACUGAUAAAGACUGAGUCAUGGCCAACCCUAGUAGAGAAGAUAAACAGAGCCGUCUUGCUAUGCAUGGUCAUUCUCUUGCCAUUCCUUUCAGUCAUGAGUAGCUUGGCCAAUCCAACCAUCCGCGUCUUGUUUGAGCGAUAUGCAUUUGAUUCUUCGGCAAGUGCUUUAGUUUCUUCUCUUUAUCUUUUCUAUUCUCUUGGCUCACCAUUCUUGAUCCUCAGAGAGUUGCUAGUCGCAGUGUUUUAUGCCUUUGGAGAUGGACUGAGACCUUUCCUGGUUAGUAUUGGAGCUAUUGCUCUAAAUGCUCUCUUGGAUUGGUUCUUUGUUUACAGAUUAAAUAGUGGAGUGCAAGGAUUGGCGCUUGCAACGUCACUCACUGCCGCCUUGUCUCUCGUCACCCUGUUCCAUCUCCUUCAAAGGAAGGUUGGAGGGCUUUUUCAUCUUCCUGAAUUAAUAGGUCCUGGUUUGCUACUAUGCUUCUGUUGUGUCAUCUCCAGCUCUGUAACUUCCAUCAGUUAUGAAAUGAUCUCAAAAUUUUUGCUUUCCGAGUAUAUCACAAGGUUACCUAGGAUCCAAGAACUCUACUGCAUAGUAUCAGCUGCUGCUCUUGGAAUUAUUGGUUUCUUUGCUCCUCUUCUGUUAUAUUAUUUUUGUAGAUAUAAAUGGGAGCGGAAUAACUUGAAUAUUGAUGAAAUACAAGGUUAACGCUCAGUUCCUUGGUAUUUGGUUCGGAACUCCUUGUACAUGCCGUCGCCAAAUGUUCUGCUCAAUGAAAGAUUGAAGAAUUCAAACAAUUCAAAGUGAAGCUUAGGAUGAUCGUUGUAACAUAACAGUUUGAUUGGCUUAGCCAGUACCAACGUGGACUCGAGACGAACCUCCCGAUAUUAUAAAAUCUUCACGAAUAAUUUCGAACAUUGGAGAUUGCAUCGACAUCAAGAGACAUUUAUAAAGUACAUGAGCAACUAAACUGGCGAGACGGUGAGCAUGUCACAUUAGUUGAUGAAUCAGCCACGCUUUCUUGCUUGCUUCUAACUCAUAAUCUGUGCAGACGCUAAAUUCCUUGGAACUUUUGUUGUUUUAUAAUUGGGUACAUUUAUCUCAAGCUUGCUAUUGUACUUUGCUUGAGCCGAGGGUCUAUCAGAAAUACAAGGGUCUAUCGAAAACUGUCUUUCUGCCUUCACAAGGUAGGUGUAAGACUGCAUACACAUCG